AGCAACAAUGACAGAGAAGCCAGUUUGCCUCAACGAUUUUGAAGAACAUGCAAAGAGAAUUCUACCCAAAGCAGUGUACGAUUAUUAUCGUUCUGGAGCAGACGCGCAGCAGACAUUAGCAGAUAAUGUGGCAGCAUUCUCCAGAUGGAGGCUGUAUCCUCGGGUGCUCAGGGAUGUGUCUCAGAUAGAUCUGUCAGUGUCAGUCCUGGGACAGAGAAUCAGUAUGCCUGUCUGUGUCGCUGCCACUGCCAUGCAACGAAUGGCACAUCCCGAUGGAGAAACUGCAACUGUGAGAGCAUGCCAGUCGGCUGGUACUGGAAUGAUGAUCAGCUCCUGGGCCACCUCCUCUAUAGAAGAAGUUGCAGAGUCAGCACCUGACAGCCUUCGCUGGUUACAGCUUUACAUCUACAAAGACAGAGAACUGACCAAGUCUCUGGUAUUACGAGCGGAGAAGGCAGGGUAUAAAGGGAUCUUUGUCACUGUGGAUACACCAUACUUAGGGAAGCGGCAAAAUGAUGUGCGCAACAGAUUUAUGCUUCCUUCUCAUCUCAGGAUGGCCAACUUUAAGUCUCCCGAUAUGUCUUUUUCUUCAAAGAACGGUUAUGGAGAAGAUAGUGGGCUUGCUGUAUAUGUGGCCCAGGCUAUUGACCCCACUCUGAAGUGGGAAGACAUUGCAUGGCUGAAAAAACUGACUAAGCUUCCAAUUGUUGUCAAAGGCAUUCUGAGAGCUGAUGAUGCUCAGGAGGCUGUUAAAUAUGGUGUUGAUGGAAUACUGGUGUCAAACCAUGGGGCACGGCAGCUGGAUUGUGUGCCAGCAACUAUUGAUGUCCUCUCGGAAAUAGUAGAGGCAGUUGAAGGGAGAGCUGAAGUUUUUCUGGAUGGAGGGGUGCGUAAAGGCACAGAUGUCAUUAAAGCAUUGGCACUGGGUGCUAAAGCAGUGUUUGUUGGACGCCCUGUCCUAUGGGGGCUGGCCUACCAGGGAGAAAAUGGAGUGAAUGAAGUUCUUCAGUUGCUUAGACAAGAACUUAUCUUGGCAGUCGCUCUUACUGGAUGUCGCACAGUGAAUGAAAUUGACAAGUCCAUUGUGAGGAAAUUUCCUUCAUUUGCUUCAAGGAUCUAGGACAAGGAAUGCAUUUUUUACAGAAAUUCUGUACAGAGUACAUAAUACAUUAUUGAGCUUCAAUGUAGCUAAUGUUCUGUACAUACAAGUGUUCUGUACACUGUCAAACACUUAAGUAUAAACCUAUUGAAACACAAGAAUGGGAAUGGACCUAUUCAAAGAUUGAAAUAUAUACUGUAAUAAAAUUAUGGAGAUAAACAAACAACAAUUGCCUUGCAUUGAAAACUCAUCAUUUGUUCAAACAAGCUUCAACAUGUUCCACUACUUUCAAAAUAAAAAU